AUGUGGGAGAGAAGCAAUAAUUUGGUUAUGUCAUGGAUCCAAAAUUCUGUUUCCUUACCUAUCAGUAAGAGCAUUGAAUGGAUUGAUUUAGCUUUUGAGGCCUGGCUUGAUCUUGAAUCAAGAUUUUCACAAGGUGAUGUGUAUAGGGUAUUAGACAUACAAGAAGAACUCAGUGGAUUUAAGCAGAAUACUCUUACUGUUGUGGAAUAUUAUACUCACUUAAAGGAAAUGUGGGAUGAAUUGACAAACCUAAGACCAUUAUCUGUUUGCAGCUGUGAUCCACAAUGCAAGUGUGGAAUUUAUGAGAAGAUAAAGAAAUAUAGAGACAAUGAUGCUGUGAUAAAUUUUUUGAAAGGCCUUAAUGAGAAUUUUGAUACAAUCAGAUCUCAGAAACCGAUUGCUUUUUAUAACAAGGUGGAUGAGUGUACUGAGACUCCAAAGAAUCAGAAUAAUGGUUCUCACAAUAGUUAUCAAAAGAAAGGAAAUAGUUUCUCAAACUACAAGAAGUUUCUAAGAACUAGUAACUUGAAAUGUGUAUAUUGUGGUAAUGGAGGACAUAUAGUUGAUAGAUGCUAUAAAAAGCAUGGCUGCCCUUUUGGAUUCAAUUCUGGAUUCAAAGGCAAAGGGAAAUCUCAGCACAAUUCUUAUGCAAAUCAAGUGGAGCAUGCUGAAGAGGAUAACACCAGUAAUGACCAUACUGAAAAUUAUGUUGGAUCAGUCUCAAAUGAGAAUUUUACUGUUAAUAAUCCUAUGCAGUUAACUCAGGAUCAGUACUCUCGGCUAAUGAAGUUGCUGUAUCAGUCCAACAUUUCACCACCAAUGAUUAACACAGUCUCAACAACUUUUGCUCCCACAGGAAGUACAUCAGGUAAGAUUUCUUUAUCAUGUUUUGAUAAAUGUGCUUCACAAAAGGAAAAAUGGAUUGUUGAUAGUGGUGCAACAGACCAUAUAAUCUGUUCUUUGGAUUAUUUUUCAAAUUAUAAAAUGGUUUCAAAUUGUUUUGUUCAUUUUCCUAACAACCAAAAGGCUUAG